AAUUACUAAUAAAUCAUUUUGUCAAUCAGUUAAAAUCCAAGUCAAAAGUAAAAUUCAAAUCAUUCCUUGUUUCGUAAAGCAACCUGAUAAAUUAAAAAUGACUUCAAUCAAGCCAACUUAUUUAAUCUUUCAAAUUGGGAUUCUCUUCAUCUUGAGUCUCAUGGUUGAUUACUGUUCAGCUCAAAUGUAUGGAGGUGGAGGUGAUGGAAACUAUGGUGGCUUUGGAGGCAAUGGCGGCUAUGGAGGUCUUGGAGGCUAUGGAGGCCUUGGAGGCUUCGGAGGUAAUGGAGGUUAUGGCAAUCAAGCUGGUUACGGUGGUUAUGGUGUCUAUGGAUCAGGCUAUGGGUUUAAUCGGUACGGAAUGAAUCCUUAUGGUCGAGCAUCAUAUAACAACUACCGAGGAAUGCGAAGAUUUGGAAGUUACGGAACUUAUGGCUAAACCUUUCGUUUACCACGAAUCAUUUCAAUUGCUUACCCAUAGUCGUGUUUCAACUUAGCACUCCACUCAAAUUGCCAAUUUACCCUCUUAAUCAAAUAGAAAAUUACAGUUAAUCAAGAAAUGUAUUUCAUGUUAUAUUUUGUUAAAUGAACCUCUAUAUCCUUUGAAAUCAUACAUAUUGUGAUCUUUAUUUCAUUGCAUUAUUUAUUGCUCUUACACUGAGUGAAUGUUGACUUUCUCAUUUUUGGUGUAAAAAUGUUUAAUUUGUUAUUCAAAGAGACAUUGACAAUCAAAUGGUUGAAAACUGUUAUUUAAUGACCAUCAAAAAUUUGACUUCAUUGUUUACCUUGCAAACAUGGAAAUGCCAUUUGUAUUUGCAUAGCUGGCAACUAAUUGUUUUACUUGAUUGUUCAGCAUUUAACAAUAAAAAAUGAUUAACAACUGUCAA